AUGGAAAACACUGCUAUACCUGAAGAAACUAUCUCUGAAAGUACAAAUGAUAAGAAUCCUUCCGCUAUAGAUUCCACUGGGACUGCGUUCUUAAUACCGACUGUUAAACAAAUCAAUGAAACUCUGUGCGAAUACCACAACACGGGCACUGACUUACCCAACAUGGAAAAAAGCUUCACUUACCCAUUGCUCGCGUCCCCAGGUGAUCAAUUUGAAAUGCAGCUAAACCAGCAGCUCCGAUCCCUCAUCCCCAACAACGACGUGAGAAGGCUCAUUUCUCACGUUAUCCGGACUUUGAAAAUGGACUGCUCUGAGACCCAUGUGCAACUGGCCUGUGCCAAGCUCAUCUCUAGAACAGGUCUCCUGAUGAAGCUUCUCAGUGAGCAGCAAGAAGUAAAAGUAUGCAAGGCAGAAUGGGAUACGGAUCAGUGGAAGAGUGAGAACUACAUCAACGAGAGCACAGAAGCCCAGGCUGAACAGAAAGAGCAGGAGUCAAGUGAGCUCACUAAAGGAGUUCCAGGAUAUGGCUAUAACAACAAACUCAUCUUGGUGAUAUCUGUGACUGAAAUAGUGAUGAUUUUGAUUAUAAUUUUCUGUCUCAUUGAGAUUUAUUCUCAUAGAGCAGCAAGGACAGAUGUAGAAUCAGGCUCAGUCCCGAGGAGGGGCUUUUUUGACUUUCUGCAUAGGAGAUGCUCAUCGCAGAGUGAAAGCCAGGAGGGCUUUUUCUGGUUAAGGAGUCCACUUUGGCUGAGGGAUAUGUACAGACCUCUCAAUGCCACACGCAAGAAAAACAUGGCCCAGAAGCUUCACGACAAGGAGUCUUCUGAUGAGGAAGAGAUUUACAAGAAGGAUGCAGGGGAGCCCCUAUCAACAGCAACACCUGUGGAUUCGGCUGCUGAAGGUGGUGAGGAAAGUGAGACCGCGCCAGAGGGGGAGGACGAAGAGUGAUCCAGCGUGCCUAAGGCUGCCUGCAAACUGUAUUUUCCAAUGUUGGCAUCUCAGCAUUGCUUGUAAGAUACUUAUUUUUCACACACAAAAAAUGUAUAUAAUCUAUUGUGAAUUCCAGCCAGCUGGUAAGAAACUUAAACGUUAAUAGUUAAAUAUUUAUACACGCAAAACAAGGGCCAGAGAAAAGAAAAGCGGGACUGAAGCCAGAGACUGUCAAGCUGGCCAACACCUCCACAAGUGGCAUUUUGGGCAGAGGACGCACGGGGGCUCCCCCACCACAUUUCCCAGUCUAGUCAGUCUCCGGGAAGCUGAAAAUAUAUCAUCCUGGAGAGAGGGAGCCCAUUUUUAAAUCAAAUACAGUUGUUCUGGGGCUCCCUCCCCUGGUCCAUUAAGAACCAGUCGUUUACAACAUACUUGACCUCUUGCCCUGAGGGGACCUUCCACCUGCUGCCACCUCUCAGAGGGUGGGUGGGGUUGCCAGAAAUGUUUGGAUCACUAAGCCGACCUGCACUGUUGCGUCAAGUCCUGUCUUUUCUCCCAUGCUCCCAAAUUCAUGCGUGAAUGUGUGUCCUUUACCCUUUAAAGCUGGUGGAAACUUCAAAAAAAAUUUUUUUGUUGGUUUUUUCUUUUUAAAAAUCUCAACCCUUGGAUAGCUACUAGGAAGGUGCUGGAAGGGUAAGGUACAGAAGAAUGUGUGAGAGCAGUAAUUUCCCAAGACUGCCCUCCUUGAGUGUUUAUGUGUUGUUGGGGCUGUUACUCCAUUCACAUGUUCUGUCCUAGCGUCUCCUGACCCCUCUGCAUGCCCAGCAUCACCCUGCGCCAAAUCUACCCACUUUCUGCCUCACCCAAGGCAGAUCAUGGCUGCAUUGUUCCAAGUAAUAACAGAGUGCCAUUUUGCAGAAGAUGCAAGGGUUCUUCUACUCCAUCUUUAAAAAGUCAUUAAUAAAUCACUUCAUAUUAAGUUGGUGAGACUUAAACACAUUAGUGAGUAAAAGAAAAUCUGAAUGAACAAGAAUUGGCAGUGUACUUAACUGACCACAAAUGAAUGUUGGCAGUGCAAUCGUAAGAGAUGAAGAGCAGUGUGUACCACAGGACAACACACCAACCCCUGGAGAAGUCACACCGCUGAGGAGCAGCCCAGUGUGUGUGCUGGAGAGGGCUCUGGGCAAAUUGAACACCCCUCAGCUCCCCACCUGGCCAAUCCGUUCAUCAACACUGGACAAGAGAGACAUCUGUUCUCUCUCACUCUUUUUCUAUUUUUAGUAGAGAUGGAGUCUCACUCUUGCUCAGGCUGGUAUUGAACUCCUGAGCUCAAGCAGUCAACCAGCCUUGGCCUCCCAGAGUGCUAGAAUUAUAGGCAUGAGCCACCACACCUGGCCGUACUUGUUCUAUUGAUGCUUGCCCUAGUGACCUCCAAAAGUUCCUUAUCAAGAAUGAAAAACAAGUGUCUUUCUCUGUGUGUUGACUUUGGUGAGCCAUCAAACACUUACUGAAGGCCAGGCAUGGUGGCUCACACCUAUAAUUCCAAUCCUUUGAGAGGUCAAGGUGGGAGGAUGGCUUGAGGCAAAGAAUUCACAGUGAGACCCUGUCCCUACAAAAUAUUUUUAAAAUUAUAGGCUGCGCACCUGCAGUCCUUGUACUCUGGGAGGGUGAGGUAGGAGAGUG